AUGAAGGAGAAGGAGGCGGGGGCGGCCGGGGAGCGGGGCAAGCCGGCCACUUACACCGGGGACAAGAAGGCGCGCAUGGCGGCCAAGACCAACAAGAAGUGGGUGCGCUUGGCCACCGUGCUGGCCUACGUACUCUCCGUCUCCUUGGCCGCCAUCGUGCUGGCCGUCUACUACAGCCUCAUCUGGCAGCCGGUGAGAGGCGGCAGUCAGCCGCACACCCAGCCCCAGCCGCCCGAAGCGCCCCCCAGCCCCGUCAACCCGGGAACCAGCAACGGAGAGCGUCCGGCGGCGCCGAUUGAAGGCGAAGGCGGCGACUCUUCGGCUCCGGUAAAUCCCGGCGACAGCUCGAACCCGUAA